CGGGGCCAGCGGAGCAAAUUCUCAUAUAUAAAAGAGCUGAGAGCGCGACGAGUGAGGAGACUGCGCUGAGGAGAGCGGAGAGGAGCACAGGACCCUCCCACCUUCAGUAUCUGCAGCGCACAGUCACCUGACCUGUGGCCCCCGGGGACCCCUCCUGGUACAGAGACAACCGCACCUUACCGGGGGGGAAAAAAAACACAAGGAUGGAGCGAAAAAUCACCCAGUCAGUGAAGCAAAGUAUAGUAACUCAAACAGUGAAACAGACACACACCAAGUUGGAGUCCCAUAGGGUUGAGUCUCAUCAUUCAUCCCAUACUGUGGGGUUCCAAGAAACCAAGAAUGGUGUUCAAACCAUUGAGCACCAUGGUCACGGUGCUCACCAUGGCCACCAUGUUCACGAAGCUCACCACGCCCAACAAGCUCAUCAUGGUCGCCAUCAUUCUCACCAUGCCCACCAUACCCAGACUCAUGAGGCACACCAUUCCGAGCAAGCUCAAGAGGCUCUCGUUGCUGUCCAGGCUCAGGAGGCUCACCAUGCCGCCCAGAUUCACGAGGCACACCAUGCCGAACAAGCUCAGGAGGCAAUCCAGACUCAGGAGGCUCAACAAGUUAGUGAAUCCAUUGGCCAACAGGAGACUGUAAAAACCUCGGAACCUAUCAAAGUCUCCCCCAGUAUUGGAGGUUUUAUAGUAUCUCAUACAAAAGAAAAAGUGAGCAUCUACCAGGCUCUAGUGACAAAGCUUGUGUCUGAGGAGGUGGCUGUGUCCCUGCUGGAAGCCCAGGCUGCAACUGGUGGCAUUAUCCAGCUGUCGGAUAACCAGAAACUAACUAUUGAGGCAGCUGUACAACAAGGAGUUGUCGGACAGAAGUACCAACAAAAACUGAUCAUUGCAAGUAGUGCAGCUCUGGGCUAUAAAGACAAGGAAGAGACCCUGUCCCUGUUCCAAGCAUUUAAGAAAGGUUUGAUUAGUCGAAAUGACACAGUGCGUUUUCUUGAAGCCCAAGUAGCCACUGGAGGGAUCAUCAACUAUGUGAACGGCAACCGCAUGUCUGUAUCCGAGGCUCUGAAUCUAAACUACAUAGAUGAACAACUUCUUAAAGCCCUUACUGAAAAUUCUCUACUGUCAAAGUGUUACCUUAACCCCAAUUCGCGAGAGUAUUCCACAUACCAAGAACUUGUCUCCAGAAGCGUGGCAGAUGCUGACACAGGGCUGCUGCUACUUCCACUACAUGAAACUUUGCAAGGACUGAGGAAGCCUGUAACAUACGAGCAGCUAUUCAGGGCCAAUAUCAUUAACCAAGUUCAGUAUGAUGACGUCAGUCAAGGCAAGCUGACCAUACAAAGCCUGGGAGGACUACAAGAGGUGCGUCAGUAUCUGCAGGGUCAGGCAAGCAUUGGUGCCGUCUACAUUAAAAGCAUCAAGGAAAAAAUGAGUGUGUAUCAGGCCCUGAAGAAGAACUUCCUUUCAUUGGACAAUGCAGUUGCUCUUUUGGAAGCCCAGGCGGCCUCUGGUUUCCUUAUAGAUCCAGUAAAGAACACACAUUACACCGUAACUGAAGCAGUUCAGGAAGGACUUAUAGGACUUGAGCUCAAAGAGAAACUGCUGACUGCGGAGAGGGCCGUGACUGGAUUCAGCGAUCCCUACACUGGGAAUAAGAUUUCCCUUUUCCAAGCCAUAAAGAAGGAACUAAUCGACAAGAAAUUGGGCGCUAAUUUGCUGCAAGUCCAAGUUGCUACAGGUGGCAUUAUUGACCCAGUUCACAGCUUCCAUGUCCCCAUAGACGUUGCCUAUCAGCGUGGCUUACUUGAUAAAGAAAUAGAGAAGAUAAUAUCUUCUCCGGCAAAUGCGAUUUCCGGCUUCCUCGAUCCAAACACUGGUGACAUAGUCACUUACCAAGAACUACAGAAGCGAAGUACCCUGGACCCUGACUCAAACACUUACGUAUUUACUGUGGAAAUCACAUUCAAUGGCCUAAGGGGAAAAGUUUCAAGUGAUGAACUCCUGGAAUCCCUGAUCAUUGAUAAGACAACUUAUGAUCAGCUCCAGCAAGGCACGAUCUCUGUCCAAGAUGUCUCCAUGCAAGAGAACGUAAGGCGGUACCUUCGGGGGACUGGGAGUAUAGCAGGAGUGGCCGUGGUAUCUACCAAUGAAAGAAAGAACAUUUAUCAAGCAAUGAAAGAACAUCUUCUUAUGCCAGGGACUGCCAUAGCCCUGCUAGAAGCCCAGGCCGCCACUGGGUAUCUGCUCGACCCUGUCAAGAAUCUGAAAUUCUCUGUGGAAGACGCUGUGAAAAAUGGACUCAUUGGGGCAGAGGUUUAUGAAAAACUUCUCUAUGCAGAAAAAGCAGCCGUGGGCUACAAGGACCCUUCUUCUGGGCAAAACCUUUCCUUAUUUCAAGCCAUAAGAAGAGGAUUUGUCAUACCGAAUCACGGUAUCCAUCUUCUAGAAGUCCAGCUAGCUACUGGUGGAAUUAUUGAUCCUUCAAAAAAGCAUCGUUUACCGGAGGAAGUAGCGUACACACGCGGUGUCUUUGACAAAGCAACAAAUCAGUCUCUUCUGGAGCCCACAGAUAACAUUAAAGGAUUUUUUGAUCCAACUGCCAAACAGAAUGUGACCUAUGGACAGCUACUAGAGCGAUGCCUGGUGGACAGUCACACAGGACUCUACCUGAUUCCUGUGUUUGACAAUACACAUGAUGCUCUGAAAACACCACAUUCCUUCAUAGAUUACCAAGUCAAAAAGACUCUAGAUCAGAUAAAACUAACAGGAACCUAUGGAAAAUUCAAAGGACAAGUGGUGACCGUGUGGCAGCUUCUUUUCUCAGAAUAUUUCACCAUAGAGUUCAGAGAGUCCCUCUUCAGACAGUAUAAAUCAGGGAGCCUCUCCAUAGAAGAGUUGUCUAGCAAAGUCCAAGCUGCUAUUCAAGAUCUGGUGUCCUCCACAAAAGUCACCUUUGAAGGCCUGAGAGUAUCCGUCACUCCUGGGCAGCUGCUCGAAUCGGAAAUUAUCGACAAAGAUUUGUUUGAAAAGUUACAACAAGGAAAAGCUUCCACUAAGGACGUGGUGAAUAUCGAGACUGUCAAAAAAUACCUGCAAGGAACAGGAUGCAUUGGUGGACUUGUAUUAACUGAUACCCAAGAAAAGAUUAGCAUCUACCAAGCAAAGAGAAAAGGCUUGUUAAGGCCUGGAACCUCCUUAAUCCUUCUGGAGGCUCAAGCAGCAACUGGUUUCAUUAUUGACCCUGUAAAAAACAAAAAAUAUUCCGUGGAUGAGGCUCUGAAGGCAAAUAUAAUCGGUCCAGAGGUGUAUGAAAAGCUUCUUUCUGCAGAAAAAUCAGUGACUGGUUAUAAGGAUCCUUACACUGGAGGAAUCAUUUCUCUGUUUCAGGCCAUGAGCAAGGAUUUGAUUGUCAAGGAUCAUGGCAUCCGACUUCUUGAAGCUCAAAUUGCCACUGGAGGGAUCAUAGACCCCAUCAAUAGCCAUCGGAUUCCUGUGGAAGUUGCUUACAAGCGUGGAUAUUUUGACAAGAAGAUGAAUGUAAUCCUCUCAGAUCCCAACGAUGACACCAAAGGGUUUUUUGAUCCAAACACCAGUGAAAACCUCACAUAUUUGCAGCUGAAGGAGCGAUGCAUCACAGACCCUUCCACCAGUCUUUGUCUUCUUCCUCUGCACAGCAGAAAACGGCAGCUCCAUAUUAAUGAUUAUAUCAAAGAUUCCUUCAGAAACCUGCAAAUUUAUGUACGCUAUGGGCGAUUUAAGGGGCAAACUGUCUCUGCCUGGGUCCUCAUUAACUCUGAGUACUUCAGCGAAUGGAGAAGAAGAGAGAUUUUAGAACAGUUUAGGCUGAGGAAAGUGACCAUCGAACAAGUCAUCAUAUUGAUUGAGGAAGAAAUAAAGAAAUGGACAGAGAUCUCUGUCCCGGCCCUGAGGGGACAGGUGAACAUCCAUGACUUGUUGGAAUACGAGAUCAUUGACAAAGAUCUAUUUGAGCAAGUUUUGGAAGGUAAAUUAUCUGCAGAUGAUGUAUUUAAUUUGGAGAGUAUUCAGCGAUAUGUGCGUGGGUCUGGUGUCCUUGGUGGAAUAAUCAUUCAACCCUCUAACAAAAAAAUUAGUUUCUAUGAAGCCACAAAGAAGAACAUCCUACAGCCCAGUACAGUAUUAGCACUACUAGAAGCCCAGGCAGCCACUGGAAAUAUCAUAGACCCAGUCACUAACCAGAGACUAUCCAUAGAUGAAGCCCUCAAAGCAGAAGUUGUUGACCCACAAGUUUACACUAGACUUGUUUCUGCAGAAAAAGCCGUAACUGGUUACAAGGAUCCAUUUUCAGGAAAGAAAAUAUCACUCUUCCAAGCUAUGAAGAAAGGCCUUGUAGAAGAAAAGCACGCCAAACAGUUCUUGGAAGCGCAACUAGCCACUGGUGGAGUCAUCGAUCCUAUACAUAACUUCCAUAUCCCAAGCAACGUGGCCAAGAAACUUGGUUAUAUUAAUGAAGAAGUGUAUGAAAGUCUAUCUCAUCCUACUGAUGACUCCAAGUCCUUCUAUGACCCAAAAACCAAAGAAAAUGUUACUUAUUCAGACCUACUUAGUCGGUCCCAGAAAGAUGAAUCCACGGGCAUUUACUUACUUCCAUUGCCACAAGACUUUGCUGAAAUCCCGGUGCAGAACAUUUAUACAGAUGAGGAGGUACAACAGGCUUUCAAAAAGACCAGAAUUGAAGAAAGAAAUACAACCAUUUGGGAACUGAUUCACUCUGGAUACUUUACAGAAGAGCAAAGGUUCGAAAUCUUGGAAAAAUAUAAGUCCAAGAAAGUGUCCAUUGAAAUUCUAAUCAUUGAAAUUUUGCAAAUAGUUAAAAACCAUGAACUCAAGAUGACAACUGAUUUGAGUUUCCAAGGGUUGCGAGGAAAAGUGCCCGUUGUAUUGCUGCUGGACCUGGGAAUUAUCACACAGAAAACAUUUGAUGAACUAGUGCAAGGUAUCAAGUCCAUCGAGGAAAUCUCACAAGUAGAUGAUGUUAAGAAGUGUUUACAAGGCACUGGGGGAAUCACAGGAGUUUUCAUACCAUCAACAAAGGAGAAGAUGAGCAUUUAUCAAGCCAUAAAAAAGAACCUCAUCAUGCCAGCCUAUGGAGUAAGGCUUUUGGAAGCUCAGGCCGCAACUGGGUUUCUCAUUGACCCAAUAAAGAAUGAGAAGCAUACAGUGGACAAUGCUGUGAGGUCCGGACUGGUGGGGCCUGAACUUCAUGAGAAGCUCCUGCAUGCAGAAAGUGCUGUGACCGGAUACCUUGAUCCAUACACAGGAAAUAAGAUAUCACUGGGUGAAGCAAUACACAAAAAACUCAUAACGAAAAAGGAGGGGCUUCCACUUCUACAAGCCCAGUUGGCUUCUGGAGGAAUUGUAGAUCCUCUUCAUUAUCAUUAUGUCCCAUUGCAAGUUUCUUACAGGUUAGGGCUUCUGGAUGAAGAAUUGUCCAAACAGACAGAUGCUCUGAAAAUUUACUUUGAUCCGAACACUAAAGAAAAAAUUAGUUACCAGCAACUAAAAGAAAGAUCUUACACCGACCCUGAAACGGGCUCUUUGCUUCUGUCUCUUUCGGAAAGUGGUGCCUUUUAUGCUGAUGGACAUCUUAUUGAUACGCUAACAUUGGUCACAGUCAGUGUCAAUGCUGGAAGAUUGAAGGGUCAAACUGUGUCUCUGUGGGAACUGCUGAAUUCAGAGUAUGUGAGCAUUGAUACAUUGAAAGAACUACUACUUCUAUACAAAAACAGCAGUUCUGAGGGUCUACAGGAGAUCAUAAGAACAGUCACCACUACUAUCGAGCAAACGGAUGCAAGUAGCUCACAGAUCAAAUUCAAAGGCCUCCGAAAACAGGUGUCUGCAAGCGACCUUUUCCAAUCAAAUGUCAUAGACAGGCGAACUCUGGACGAGCUCAAUCUCGGAAAGAAAACAAUAGGUGAAGUGACAGAAAUGGACAGUGUGAAACGCUAUCUACAAGGUACAAACUGCAUUGCAGGAAUUCUCAUACAGUCCACUAACACAAAAAUGAGUAUAUAUGAGGCAAUGCUCAAGCGCAUUCUGAGACCUGGAACAGCCCUGGUUCUCUUAGAAGCUCAGGCAGCCACUGGGUUUAUUGCUGAUCCAGUUAAGAAUAGGAAGCUAUCGGUGGAUGAGGCGCUGGCUGAGGGGUUAAUAGGAAUUGAUGUACAUGCUAAACUACUGUCUGCUGAACAAGCAGUAACCGGGUACACUGAUCCAUAUACAGGGGACAAAAUAUCCCUAUUUCAAGCCAUGCAGAAAAACCUAAUAGUCGAAUGUCAUGGAAUCCGUCUUCUGGAAGCUCAGAUCGCCACAGGAGGAAUAAUCGAUCCUGUGCAUAGUCACAGAGUACCUGUGGAGGUGGCCUAUAAGCGCGGUUACUUUAACGAGGAGAUGAAUAAGAUCCUUUCAGAUCCCAGUGACGACACUAAAGGUUUCUUCGACCCCAACACUCACGAGAACCUGACCUAUCUACAACUUGUAGAACGAUGCAUUCAAGACCCUGAAACUGGAUUUUAUCUCCUACAAGUGGUAAAUAAGAGAGAAAACUAUUUCUAUGUCACUGACCAGAUGAAAUCAGAUCUAAAAUCACGACACAUCAGGCUACAGGUUGGACAUUUUGCCCAUCAGACAUUAACAGUCUGGGAAAUCCUCUCAUCCCAUUAUUUUACAGAAAUGAAAAGAAGAGAGUUAAUUAAACUGUACACAGAGGGCGUGCUUAACAUAGACCUACUCAUCUCCAGCCUGACCACGAUCAUUGAAGAGUAUGAUGCCAAAAAUAGCACCCUGAAAUUCCAAGGAAUCAGGGGUGAAGUAAGCGCUACUGAGCUGUACAACGCAGACAUCAUUGACGAAAAGACCAUCGAUGACCUGAGAAGAGGCAAACAAACUAUAGACUCCAUCUCUCAACAGGAAAAUGUGAAUAGAUACUUAAAAGGAAUCGGCAGUAUUUCUGGUGUGCUUACCAUACCCAACAAUGAAACCAUCAGCAUUUUUGAGGCUAUAAAGAGAGGAAUUUUGUCAAAAGAAAUUGGUCUGGCUCUUCUGGAGGCUCAAAUCUCCACCGGCUUUCUAGUAGAUCCCGCACAGAAUCAACCCCUCUCUAUCUCUGAGGCAUUGUCUGCCGGUCUGAUUAAUCAGGAGGAUCAGCAUCAACUUGACAUAGCUGAAAAAGCAUUUAGUGGAUUUACAGAUCCAGAAUCUGGUAAAAAAUUAUCUCUCUUCGAAGCAAUGAAGAAAGAAAUUAUUCCAAAAGAGCAAGGAAUAUAUCUUUUAGAAAACCAGUUAGCUACUGGAGGUAUUGUCGAUCCCAUUAACUCUUUCAGACUUCCUUUACAUGUGGCCUACAGAAAGGGUUAUUUGGAUGAAGACCUUUAUAUUCGGAUAUCCAAUUCGGUUACUAGAAGAAAAAGAUAUGUGGACCCCAACACCCAUGAAAGAAUUGGCUACAAAGACUUGCUGGAGAGAUGUGUCAAAGACCCCAAAACAGGACUUUUCCUAAUACAAGUUGCUGAAAAGCGCGACGACUACUUCUACAUUGAUGACCCGACUAAAAACAUUCUCAUCUCAACUGUUGUGAAGAUGAAUGAGGGCAAAUUUAAGGGUCAGGAUGUUUCAUUGUGGGAUCUUCUAAACUCAACUUACAUUUCAGAAAGCCAACGAAAUGACCUAAUAAAACAAUACAAAUUUAAGACCUCAACUACAAUUAAAGACAUAACAAGUAGAAUUACUUCUAUUAUUGAAGAGAAAGAGAGAGGCCAAAAUGACAUCUGGUUCCAGGGAUUGAGAAAACAGGUCACGGCAGCAGAGCUGUUUGAUGCUGGUAUACUUAGCAAGGAGACGUUCGAUGGAUUACAGCAGGAACGGAAAACCGUGAUUGAUGUGGCAAACACAGACUCGGUUAAAAGAUAUCUUGAAGGGACCAGCAGCAUUGCCGGCGUACUUAUCCCAUCAAAGCAUGAUCCUUCCAAAAUGGACAAGCUGAACAUCUAUGAUGCCAUGCUGAAACGCUUACUGAGACCUGGAACAGCUUUGGUCCUGUUGGAAGCACAAGCAGCUACUGGGUUUGUAAUUGAUUCUGUAAAUAACAGGAAACUUUCUGUGGAGGAGGCUUUACCUGCUGGAGUGAUCGGCCAUGAAAUCUACGAAAAACUUUUAACUGCAGAAAAAGCAGUGAUUGGCUACACAGAUCCCUACUCAGGUGAUAAGAUCUCCUUAUUCCAAGCCCUGCAGAAGGAUCUCAUAGUUAAAGAACAUGGCAUUCGCUUCCUGGAAGCCCAGAUUGCUACUGGAGGCAUUAUUGACCCAGUGAACAGCCAUCGUGUCCCUGUGGAGAUUGCAUACAAGAGGGGAUAUUUUAAUGAAGAGAUGAACCAGAUCCUUUCUGAUCCUACCGAUGACACAAAAGGAUUCUUUGAUCCGAACACUCAUGAGAACCUCACCUACCUACAGCUACUCCAGAGGUGUGUGAAGGACCCAGACACUGGAUUGUACAUGCUUGAAUUAAAACCCAGAAUUUUCUCCUUAUCGCAGAUCCAAACCACAUUGAAAACCAAACUGAUUCAAGUCACUACUGGGGAAUUUCAGGGGAAGAGCGUUUCUAUCUGGGAGCUCCUUAAUUCUCAACACCUUUCUAAAGAGAAAAGAGAGGAGCUUCUGAAGCAGUACGAAUCCGGAAUAUUGACUGUAGAAGACGUUAUUACUGUAGUCAUCAAAACUAUUACAGAAGAGAAGGUAAAUGUGUCCCAAGUUGAUGCGAGAGACUCGACUACUCAAGAUGCCCAAUAUCAAGAGCAACUCCAGGCAGAAGUAGUGGAUGUGUAUGUGGGUGACUUCAAAGGACAGAGCAUAUCGCUGUGGGAGCUUCUCAAUUCACGUUACUUCUCUGCAGAUAAAAGGAUAGAAAUCCUUGGGAGGCUGAAAUAUGGGACAUUAACGAUUAAAGAAACCAUCACAUAUGUCAUUAAGGUCAUCUCUGAGGCCGAGUCUUUCCAGCAAAAUUCAGUCGUGACCGUAGAAGAACCAGUGGAAGCAGAAUCUUCUGUACCAAAUGAUGAAAUUCAGAGAGCACUGCAAAGCAUAAGCAUGCAUAUCGAGAAAGGGCAGUACGCAGGCCAAGAUAUUUCUGUGUGGGAACUUCUUCACUCAGUAUACAUCUCUGAUGAGACGCAGCAAGAGUUGUUAGACGAUUACAAGUUAACAGUCAAUGGAAUCAUGGAGAUGGUUAUACAGUCAGUACAAGAGGCAGAUCAAGCUCUAAGGCUCCAGUAUAACCUAAAGGAGGAAGUCUACCACACUCUGCAAAACUUCAAGAUUGAUGUCACUGAAGGCAAGUUUAAGGGACAGACACAUACACUGUGGGAUCUACUGCAAAGCAGCUACUUCUCAGAGGAGAAGAAACGAGAGCUUCUUGACCAGUUUAACUCUGGGGAAAUCACCGUAGACAAACUGAUUAAAAUAAUCAUCACCAUUAUUUCUGAGACAGAAGAGCGAAGCAAAAAGUUGAAAUUCAAGGGUUUAAGAAGGCAAAUUACAGCAACGGAACUUCUCUCCUCGGAAAUCAUCGACCAGAACGUGUUGACAGAGCUGGCUCAAGGGCGAAAGACCGUGGAAGAAGUGACCCAAAUGGACAGUGUGAAGAGGUACCUGGAAGGUACUAGCUGUAUAGCAGGAGUGCUUGUGCCAUCACUGAAAGAUCCUACAAAGAAAGACACAGUUAGUAUUUACAAUGCCAAAUUAAAGAAUAUUAUUACACCAGGGACAGCACUUGUCCUCCUUGAAGCUCAGGCAGCCACUGGGUUUAUCAUCGACCCCGUCAAUAACAAGAAGCUCUCAGUGGAUGAAGCUGUUGCUGCUGGUAUUAUUGGGUCAGAACUUCACAAAAAGCUGCUGUCUGCAGAAAGAGCUGUAACCGGUUACAAGGAUCCAUACACUGGAGACAAAAUCUCCCUCUUCCAAGCCAUGCAGAAAGAACUUAUUGUGAGAGAACAUGGCAUUCGUCUGCUUGAGGCCCAGAUUGCCACAGGAGGCAUCAUCGACCCAGUACACAGUCAUCGUGUUCCUGUGGAAGUUGCUUAUAAACGUGGCUACUUCGAUGAAGAGAUGAACGAGAUCCUUUCAGAUCCCACAGAUGACACUAAAGGCUUCUUUGACCCAAACACUCAGGAGAACCUCACCUACCUGCAGCUGCUCCAGAGAUGUAUUCAAGAUCCAGAGACCGGACUCUACAUGCUGGAUAUGAAAGCCAAAAAGGAUUUGCCGACAAGCAUUUCCUUAGAAGCUUCCCUUACCUCUCACACUGUCCAGGUUCAAACUGGUCGGUUUAAAGACCAGAAGGUAUCCAUCUCAGAACUCCUCCAAUCUGAGUAUUUUACAGAAGAGACAAGGCAACAGCUCCUGAAACAAUACAAUUCUCGAGCCAUAACAAAAGAGACCCUCAUUACAACUAUAGUAAAGACCAUUGAGGAACGGGAGCAGAAAGCAGGCAGUCAGGUUGUCGAUGGAUCAGUGACAACACAAGUAGAGCAUGAAGAAAAGAAAGAUCACCUAAAGUCAGAGUUUGUUAAGGUCACUGAAACAACGGUCCAGGAGCAAAAGGUCUCCGAGACUGAAGAGAAGAUCGCUCCUGGGAAGACUGAAGAUGUCUUAUCUCUUCCAGAUAAAACAGUGAAGACCGCUGUGGAUGGAGACCUCCAUAAAACAUUGAAUAUCUUUACUGUUCGUAUGAAAAAAGAAGAAUUCCAAAGCAAAAGGGUCUCUCUUUGGGAUAUCCUUCACUCUAAAUACAUAUCAGAAGAGCAGAGAAAUACUCAGCUAACCAAAUACCAGAUCUCUUUAGAAAAGGUGAAGCAAACCAUUAAAAAAUUAAUUGAAGGUUCAGAAACAAAAAGUGUCAAAAAUAUUCAACAGGAAUUAGAAAAUAAAUUCACUGUGGUCACUGCUGGAGAAUUCAAGGAACAGAACCUUUCUUUAUGGUUUCUUCUUCAUUCUAAAUACUUUACUGAGGAGAAGAGAAAAGAACUGCUAGAAAAGUACAGGUCUGGGGCAAUAACUAUAGAAGAACUUCUGAAAAUCGUCACAACAAUCAUUGAAGAGACUGAAAAGAGACGCAAUUUGAAGUUUAAGGGAUUCAGGAGACAAGUGACCGCCACUGAACUGCUACAGUCUGAGAUCAUUGAUCAGAAUACUCUGACUGAGUUGACCCAAGGCAGUAAGACAGUCGAGGAGGUCACUCAGAUGGACAAUGUUAAGAGAUAUCUUGAAGGGACUAGCAGUAUCGCUGGAGUGUUUGUCAUCUCAAAGAAAGAUCCUUCACAAAGAGAGAAAAAGACCAUUUAUGAUGCCAUGUUGACCCACAUACUAAGACCUGGAACAGCCCUGAUUCUUCUUGAAGCUCAAGCAGCUACUGGAUUUGUGAUUGAUCCUAUUAAGAACCAGAAGCUUUCUGUGGAUGAAGCUUUAUCUGCAGGACUGAUCGGGUACGAGAUUUAUGAGAAACUGUUGUCAGCAGAACGAGGAGUGACUGGCUACAAGGACCCCUACUCGGGUGAGAAAAUCUCCUUAUUUCAAGCCAUGAAAAAAGACCUUAUAGUGAAAGAUCAUGGAAUCCGCCUUCUAGAAGCCCAGAUCGCCACAGGAGGCAUCAUUGACCCAAUACACAGUCACCGGCUCCCUGUGGAAGUCGCGUACAAACGAGGAUACUUUGAUGAAGAAAUGAACCAGAUCCUUUCUGACCCAAGUGAUGACACCAAGGGGUUCUUUGAUCCAAACACUCACGAGAACCUCACCUACCUGCAACUUCUCCAGAGGUGUGUGACCGACCCAGACACCGGCUUAAGCAUGUUGGAAGUGACUGGAACCAAAAUUCCUUCUACACAGAUAGGGAUAGAGACUAUACUGAAGUCAAAAACUAUUACAGUGACACAAGGCCGUUGGAAAGGUAAAGGUGUAGCCAUCUGGGAAAUUCUGAAUUCUGAAGAAAUUUCAGCAGAACAAAGAGAAGAACUGAUUAAAAAGUACAAAUCUGGGACUUUAUCCAUUGAUGAGCUUACCACUCUACUCAUAAAAGUCAUUCACGAAAAGGAGGAAACGUUGUCCACAAACAUUCAGACAUUACUCCAGUCACAGACUUCUGAUGUGUCUGUGGGUGACUUCAAAGGGCAGAACAUAUCCGUGUGGGAACUUUUGAAUUCGAGAUAUAUCUCAGAAGACAAGAGAAAGGAGAUAAUAGAGAAGUUACAAUCUGGUGCUGUCAGUGUGCAGGAAGCCAUUACAAUCCUUAUUACAAUCAUCACUACAACUGAGAAUGCUGCAUCUAUUCAUCUACCUAUCCCUGCAGAGCAACCACAUGAUGUCACCAUACAGGAGGAUGGGAUCCAGAAGGCGCUACAGAGCAUCCACAUUGAUAUCCUGAAAGGAGAGCAUGCUGGGAAACAGAUGUCAGUGUGGGAUCUCAUUCACUCUAGAUACAUAGCAGAGCCCAAAAGGCGAGAACUUCUAGGCAACUACAAAUUAACUGUAGAAGACAUAGUAAAGAUUGUUGCACAGUCUAUUGAAGAAGCCGAGCACAAAAUCAGCAAUUCAACCCUUAUAGGACAAUACAAUCCUAAGGCAGAAACAUAUAAAGCUCUACAGACUGUUCAAUCGGAAGUAAAUGUAGGAGACUUUAAGGGUCAAAAACUUUCGGUGUGGGAUCUGCUGAACACUAAAUACUUUUCAGAAGAAAAGAAAAGGGAGUUGCUUAAAAAAGUUGAUUCUGGAGAAAUUAGUGUGGCAGAACUUGUUAAGAUUCUUAUCACCUUUAUAGAGGAGACUGAAGAGAGCAGCAAGAACUUGAUAUUCAAGGGCCUCCGAAGACCAGUGGUAGCAACGGAGCUGCUUACGUCAGAAAUCAUUGACUAUAAUACAUUGACAGAUCUGGCUCAGGGGCGAAAGACUGUGGAAGAGGUGACCCAACUGGAUAGUGUAAAGAGGUACCUGGAAGGUACAAGUUGUAUUGCAGGAGUUCUUGCAUCAUCUCUAAAAUAUCCCUCAAUAAAAAACAAGAUAUCUAUAUAUAAUGCCAUGAUAAAGAACAUCAUUACACCAGGGACAGCACUUGUCCUCCUUGAAGCUCAGGCAGCCACUGGGUUUAUCAUCGACCCCGUCAAUAACAAGAAGCUCUCAGUGGAUGAAGCUGUUGCUGCUGGUAUUAUUGGGCCAGAACUUCGCAAAAAGCUGCUGUCUGCAGAAAGAGCUGUAACCGGUUACACUAAUCCAUACACUGGAGACAAAAUCUCCCUCUUCCAAGCCAUGCAGAAAGAACUUAUUGUGAGAGAACAUGGCAUUCGUCUGCUUGAGGCCCAGAUUGCCACAGGAGGCAUCAUCGACCCAGUACACAGUCAUCGUGUUCCUGUGGAAGUUGCUUAUAAACGUGGCUACUUCGAUGAAGAGAUGAACGAGAUCCUUUCAGAUCCCACAGAUGACACUAAAGGCUUCUUUGACCCAAACACUCGGGAGAACCUCACCUACCUGCAGCUGCUCCAGAGAUGCAUUCAAGAUCCAGAGACCGGACUCUACAUGCUGGAUAUGAAAGCCAAAAAGGCUUUGUCGACAGGCGUUUCCUUGGAGGCUUCCCUUACCUCUCACACUGUCCAGGUUAAAACUGGUCGGUUUAAAGACCAGAAGGUAUCCAUCUCAGAACUCCUCCAAUCUGAGUAUUUUACAGAAGAGACAAGGCAACAGCUCCUGAAACAAUACAAAUCAGGAAUCCUAACAAUAGAGACUCUCAUCACUACUAUAGUAAAGACCAUUGAGGAAUGGGAGCAGAAAGCAGGCAGUCAGGUUGUCGAUGGAUCAAAGAAACUAGAAGAAAUACAGGAAGCUCGACUAAGGUCUGAGUUAGUGGAGGUCACCCGAGGAAAGUUCCAGGGACAGAAGGUCUCUGUGUGGGAGCUUCUUCACUCUGACUACAUAACAGAGAGUAAAAAGAAGGAAAUUAUACAGAAUUAUUAUUCAGGGGUCUGGAAUCUGGAAGAGAUCAUUAGAAUUAUCAAAGUGAUCAUCAGAGAGACUGAGAACGCUGUAACUAUUGAAAAGACAGAAGCUGGUGGAGUCAUCUCCUUGGGUCCCCAGUUACAGGAGAAUAUACCAAGUGCUAAUGGUGAACUUCACAAAGCUCUGACUGCAAUUGCUGUCAACAUCAAAACCAGUGAGUUUCAAGAACAAAAGCCAUCUCUAUGGGAGGUCAUUCACUCCAAGUAUCUCUCCGAGGACAAGCGAAAGGCCCAGCUGAACAAGCACCAGCUUACUGUAGAGAAAGUCAAGAAAACUAUUUUACACUUAGUAGAAGAGUCUGAACCAAAAAGUGAACAGGAAAUACAAAAGGAACUGGAACUUAAACUCACUGAAGUAAUUGUUGGAGAAUUCAAGGGACAAAAUGUCUCUGUAUGGUUCCUUCUCCAUUCUAAGUAUAUCUCAGAAGAAAAGAGGCAAGAACUCCUUGGGAAGUACAGGUCUGGGGCAAUAACCAUAGAAGAACUUCUGAAAAUCAUUAUAACAAUCAUUGAAGAGACUGAAAAGAGACGCAGUUUAAAGUUUAAGGGCUUCAGGAGACAAGUGACCGCCACUGAACUGCUGCAGUCUGAGAUCAUUGAUCAGAAUACUCUGACUGAGUUGACCCAAGGCAGUAAGACAGUCGAGGAGGUCACUCAGAUGGACAAUGUUAAAAGAUAUCUUGAAGGAACUAGCAGUAUUGCUGGAAUCUUUGUUACUUCAUGGAAAAAUCCUUCACAAAGAGAGAAAAAGACCAUUUAUGAUGCCAUGUUGACCCAAAUAUUAAGACCUGGAACAGCCCUGAUUCUUCUUGAAGCUCAAGCAGCUACUGGAUUUGUGAUUGAUCCUAUUAAGAACCAAAAGCUUUCUGUGGAUGAAGCUUUAUCUGCAGGACUGAUCGGGUACGAGAUUUAUGAGAAACUGUUGUCAGCAGAACGAGGAGUGACUGGCUACAAGGACCCCUACUCGGGUGAGAAAAUCUCCUUAUUUCAAGCCAUGAAAAAAGACCUUAUAGUGAAAGAUCAUGGAAUCCGCCUUCUAGAAGCCCAGAUCGCCACAGGAGGCAUCAUUGACCCAAUACACAGUCACCGGGUCCCUGUGGAAGUCGCGUACAAACGAGGAUACUUUGAUGAAGAAAUGAACCAGAUCCUUUCUGACCCAAGUGAUGACACAAAGGGGUUCUUUGAUCCAAACACUCACGAGAACCUCACCUACCUGCAACUUCUCCAGAGGUGUGUGACCGACCCAGACACCGGCUUGUAUAUGUUAGAUGUGAAGGACAGCAACCUUGCCAGCCAGGUAGAAGAAAAUAUCAAGUCUGGUCUACAGUCCAAAACCAUACAGGUUGGUGUUGGCGCAUUUAAAGGAAAGCAAGCUUCUGUGUGGGACCUUCUGUAUUCUCAAGACAUCUCCAUAGAAAAACGAGAAGAGCUUCUGAAGAAGUAUCGUGCCAGCACCCUGACCAUCGAGGAGCUGAUAACCAUCCUUAUUACAAUAAUCACUGAAACGGUUAAGACGUCUGUGUCCUUCCAUGAGGAAAGUGCAGUUAAGCAGUCUUUUCAGUCUGUUACAGUAACCAUCUUUAAGGGAAGUCCUCAAGAAGAAUCUAUGUCCCUUUGGGACCUUCUACAUUCAAAAUAUAUCCCUGAGGACAAAAGGGAAGAAUUGCUUGAGAAGUUCAAGUCGGGAACAUUGAAAAUUGAAGAAAUUAUCAACAUAGUUUUAAGUACAAUUCACAAAACAGAGAAUGUGUCCACAAGGACUAAAGUGAUAGUACAAGAAGAGGUAAAAGUCAUUACUGCUCCUAUUGAGGUGGACCAUUGGCCAUCAGAAGAACAACUCCAAAAUGCUCUGCGAGUCAUUCCAAGUGACUUGUUGGAGAAACAAUCGCAACAACAGAGUGUUUCUGCCUGGGACCUUCUAAACAAUGAGAGUGUACCAAAAGAGAAGAAGAGUGAGCUUCUACAAACCUACAAGCUUUCUGUCCAAGAGGUUGUCAAUACCUGUAGCAGGAUCGUUAAAGAAAGUUCUAGCUUAGCUUCUGAAGUUAUCACUUUGAAUGAAGAACAGCAAAAAACAUUACAGUCCACCACCAUACAGGUCUCAGUCGGUCAUUUUGCAGGACAGUCUGUAUCUGCAUGGGAUCUCCUACAGUCUAGCUAUUUUACACCUGAAAAAAGGAGAGAUGUUUUGCUAUCAUAUUCGUCAGGGACAUUGACCACUGAGGAACUUAUUAAGACAGUUCUAUCUGUCAUACUUGAGACAAAGGAGCAGUCCAGUCAAGCCCUAGAACUUUCCUCAACUACAAGCAGCCACGCUGGAGAGUUCUCAACCACAACCAGCAAUGCUGGAGCGUUCUCAACCACAACCGGCCACGCUGGAGAGUUCUCAACCACAACCGGCCACACUGGAGAGUUCUCAACCACAAUCUGCCACGCUGGAGAGUUCUCAACCACAAGCGGCCAUGCUGUAGAGUUCUCUUCAACCACAAGCAGCCAUGCUGUACAGUUAUCCUCCACCACAGGUGUCCAUGUUGUACAGUCCUCCAGCACAGGUGGCCAUGCUGUACAGUUCUCCAAACCAAGCUUAUCCAUCCAUGAAAGUGAAGCUGAGCAGACAAAGAGGGCUCAGACCCAAACGUUCCUCCAGUCUGUGGACCUCACUGUGACUGCAGGACAACUCAAAGGACACAAAAGUUCAUUAUGGGAAUUGCUGAAUUCUUCCUACAUUUCAUCUGAAAAGAAAAAUGAAUUCAUAGCAGGGUAUGAAAGUGGAAGACUUUCUCUUCAAGAUCUUAUGAAAAGCAUCAUGGAAAUCUUAAUAAAAUCUGAGAACGUGUCAAGUCAUCAUAUAGUUACAGUAUCAUCUGAGAAGACAGAUACCGAGUAUCCACAGGCAAUCCAGAAGUCACUGCAAACUUUUUCUCUCGAUAACUAUAGUGAUGCAUAUAUUGGGCAGAAGAUCUCCUUGUGGGACUUACUACACUACAAAGCAAUUAGCCAAGGCUUACGCUUAGAGCUACUCAGUAAGUACUAUUCCACAGUCAAAACAAUUGUCACCAUACUAACCAGUCUCGUGCAUAAGAAAGUCUCUGCUGACAAACCUGACACGGCUACAUUCCUCAAAUCAGUCAAAGUACAGGUUAGCAUUGGUGAAUUCAAGUUGGAAGGAAAAACGCACUCACUGUGGGACCUUCUUCACUCCAAAUAUGUAACGGAAGGCAAAAGGAGAGAGCUUCUCGAAAAAUAUGAAUCCAAGUCUAUAAGCUGGGAAGAAAUGUUCAAAACUAUUACCACACUCAUAAAAGAAACCGAGGAAAAGAGCAGAAAUAUCAAGUUUCAUGGUCUGCGGAAGCAAGUGUCCGCCUCUGAACUGCUGAAAUCCGAAAUAAUCGACCAAGACACCAUACUGGAAUUAGCGCACGGAACUAAGAGCUUACAAGAAGUGACACAGAUGAAAAAUGUGAAGAGAUAUCUGGAGGGAACCAACAGCAUUGCUGGAGUUCUUGUUCCAUCUAAGGCUGACCCAACCAAGAAGGAGAAAAUGAGCAUCUACGAUGCAAUGUUGAAGCGUAUUUUAAGACAAGGAACAGCAUUGGUUUUACUUGAGGCUCAAGCAGCUACCGGCUUCAUUAUUGACCCAAUAAAAAAUGCCAAACUCACUGUGGAUGAAGCAGUAGCUGCUCGGGUGUUUGGACAAGAACUUCAGUCGAAACUUCUGUCUGCGGAGAGGGCUGUGACCGGCUACAUUGAUCCAACCACAAACCAGAAAAUCUCCUUGUUCCAGGCUAUGCAGAAAGACCUUAUCGUCAAGGAUCACGGGAUCCGUCUGCUGGAAGCUCAGAUCGCCACCGGUGGUAUCAUUGAUCCAGUGUACAGUCACCGUGUCCCCGUGGAGGUGGCCUAUAAGCGAGGUUACUUUAAUGAAGAGAUGAACAAGAUUCUUUCUGAUCCAUCUGAUGACACCAAAGGCUUCUUCGACCCAAACACUCACGAAAACCUCACCUACCUGCAGCUGCUCCAGAGAGCCGUCCCAGACCCUGAUACAGGACUGCUGAUGCUGGAGGUCACCAAUAAAUAAAGUCGCCUGUAACAAGUUUUCCACAUGAAAACGUUGAGUUUUACAUUUCCAGCCAUAAAGUUCAUAGUGUCCAGAAGAAUCAGGGUUUUACUAACAAAAGAGAACUUUUCUACGUUGCAUGUGUUUAUGCAACAUCUAUAACUUUCUUCAAGGGGAAAAGUGGUGUUCAGGCUUUUUUGGCUGUUUUCCACUGUGGUCUAUGGCUGUGUUUUGGCAGGAAUUAUUGGAUUGGGCUUUUUGUGCCAUUUCCUUUUGUACCUCAGUGCCAGAAUGUAACAAAUCCUUCUGCUUCCAAACAAUAUUCCUUUCUUUUUAAUAAAGUCUUAGCUGCUCCUAACACCUCUAUCACACAAGUAAUAAGAGAAGUGCGGUCAGGGGGCGGCCGGCCGGUCUCAUGGAGAUGGUUGACGUUCCUCCAGAUGAGUCCCUGCCUCCCAUAUCAGCUAACACCCUAAUCUGAAACCUUAAAGGUUAUUGGGUUUCUAUCACUGCGAUAAUGUUCUCCAAAACCCAUGAAUGUGUGAACGCCUCCUGUGUCCGUGAAAUGUUGUUUCUACUUGAAAUCCUAAUAAAUGUAUACCUUCCUUCUCUCCUGGGGUGUCUUAUUCAAGCUCUGAAGGUCCGGCUCACUGUUCUCCAAGUCCUUCAUUUCCUUACAUUGAAGACUUCAGAAAUGUUGGAAC